ACUUGGUUCCCUUUCUUGAUGGAACUUCGUGUAGUAAUCACUGCAGCACUCGUCUGCGUAUGGGCUCUUGCUAGGCUUCAACUCUCAUCUUCCCAUGUUCUCGAUUCCAAAAUCUCUUGCCUCGACUGCAAACAUUAUUAUGACUUCUCAGGCAUCAAAGUUGCAGUGAAGUGUGAUAAAGUGAAGAAACUAGCCACCGCAACCGCCGAAGAAAACGGUGCUUUCAGAGUGGAGCUUCCAUUAGACAUCUCAGAGAGCAAUCCACCACCAUCUGUCGACUGCCUCGCCAAGAUCAUCGGUGGACCGAACCGGCUGUACGGUAAGAACAAGAAUCUGGUGUCGAAGGUUGCGAAGAAGGUGAGCCAUCGCGUGAACUCUUACACCACUUCCACUCCACUUGCUUUCUCAACUUCCUGCUCUUUGGCUACCGUUGAUGCUAAAUCAUGUGGACUCGGUUCGUCGAAGACCAUUGAUCUGCCACUACCGCCGGAGUGGGGACUUGCUCCAUCGAGCUAUUAUGUUCCUUUCUUCCCCAUCAUCGGUAUCCCUUGAUGUUGGUGGGUUCUUGGAGGUUACUCUUUGUAUAAUAGAGUGAUUAAUAACGUUAAGUGCUUGGGAUAAAGACUAAUUAGUAGUAUGUUUAUAUAGUUCUUUGCUGUAAUGUAUUAUGUGUGUUUAAGA